UAGUGUCCCUUGUAUAACCAGCCUGUGCAACUAUGAUGCUACUGCGAUUGUGGAUUGUUCUUAUACCACUGGCAAUGAGAACAAGGACUAGCCUUCAAGCGAGCAAUGGCGUAAAAGGAGAUCAAGACAAGUACGUAUACGCGAAUGACGAAAUCGAUCAAACAGACUCCAGAGGAGAUGAUCAUGACGAAGGAGGGUUCGCAAAUCAACUAGACACUCCACGCGUCUCUAUGGACAACCACAGCAAUCACUCUAUGCCAAUGAACAUGAUGCAAAUGUACUUUCAUUUUCUGGGUAACGAACCCUUACUAUUUAAGGGCUGGACAUUGGACACCACAAGUGCUGUUGUUGGGGCGUGUUUCGCUUUCUUUGUAGUCGCCGCUCUGUACGAAGGGUUGAAGUUUCUACGUGAUUGGCUAAUGACAAGAACAAGAGAAGUAUUGAAAGCAAAAGACGGAGAUGAUGCUAGCAUGCCUCUACUUGGAAAUUCUAUCCAGAUCAACGGGAAAAAAUAUAAAAGAAUGCCUUUGUGUGAUCACUUUCUCCAGACGUUUUUGCAUAUGGUCCAGGUUGCAGCGGGAUAUAUUAUAAUGCUGGCUGUGAUGACUUACAAUGCUGGUCUCUUGAUUGCCAUUGUUGUUGGCUCUGGAGUUCUGACUCUCUACGUGCCAGAAGAUUCAGGAUCGUCACCUUCCAUAGCCAAAAGAAGCGACCACUGCAAUUGACUGUAAUUACGUUUACAUUGGACAGUUUGGAAAAGCCAACCUUGAUCAGGAAGUAUUUGUUGUAGCGGACUAGUCUUUCAAGCUGCUUGUUAGAAUCUGUAAUUUGUAUAGGUAUUGCAGUGAUUAGAUGCACGUUUCUAUUUUAGGUACUGGAACUUUCAGCUAACAGUCUAAUUAGUUUAGGCUGUACACACUAGUCUAGUAAGUUUCUUGAGAGCUGUCU